AUGGUCGCAUCACUCAAGCGUUUCCCGCUAAUGCAAUCGCGCAUGCGCAAACUGUUAGCGACACUCCUGCUAACACUCGCAUGCGCACUUAGCGUUGGCGCGCUCAACACGGCCGUUUCUAGUGAUCUCGUUUGUCGCAUUAUCACAACGAAUCAGUAUGCCUGCGAGCGUCAUUUGGUGCGCACUGCCGAUGGCUAUGAGCUGACGCUGCAUCGCAUACCGCCAAAAAAUACUACACAGAAAUAUCCACCCUUCAUACUCAUGCAUGGCCUGAUUGGCUCAGCAGCUGAUUUCGUGCUACCUGGACGCAAACGCUCGCUCGGCUGCAUACUGCAUGAGCAGGGCUACGAUGUGUGGCUGGCGAAUGCACGCGGCACCACCUACUCGAAGCGUCACUCGCACAUGGACUCAUCGAAUUCGAGCUUCUGGAACUUUAGCUGGCAUGAGAUUGGCUAUUAUGAUUUGCCAGCUAUUGUGGAUUAUGUACGCACGACGACGGGGCAGCAGCAGGUGCACUUUGUCGCCCAUUCGCAAGGGUCUACGGUGUUCUUUGUACUGCUAUCGGAGCGACCAGAGUAUAAUGAGAAAUUUGCAUCGGCUUCGUUGCUGGCGCCGGUGGCAUUUUUGGCAAACAUACGCAGUCCACCGUUUAAGAUAAUGACUGCCAAAAUUGAGGAAAUUGAGGUGCUGCUAAAUCAUUUGGGAUUAUACGAACUUUUUCCAUCAACCGCCCUAAAUCAACUGGGUGGACAUCUGCUCUGCAGCCAAGAUGCGCCCACACAGAAUCUCUGCCUGCUGUUUACAUUUCUCACGGUUGGCUUCAGCGAAUACCAAAUGGAUCGUAGUCUCUUUCCACGAAUUCUCGAGACGACUCCAGCUGGUAUUUCAAGAAAUCAAUUCAAGCAUUUUGGCCAACUUAUAAGAACAGGUAAAUUCCAAAAAUAUGACUACCAAUCCAAGGAGGAAAAUCUGCGGCAGUAUAAACGCCAAAUCCCGCCAGAUUAUAAUCUACGCAAUGUGCGUGUACCUCUGCACCUAUUUGUCGGCACACGUGAUUUACUGCUGACCAAAGAAGAUGCCAUACGUCUCACGAAGGAGCUGAAGAAUGCCAAAUAUACGCUACAUGAAUUGCGUGGUUUCAACCAUAUAGACCUAUUGUACUCGUCUAUGGCGCCACGGUUUAUCUACAAAAAAAUCGUUAAUAACGCAAAAAAUGUGACGCUCAAAAGUGGGUCCAGCGCAUAAUGGGGAACACU